ACAAAAUCAACCUAAAUAUCCACUUCCGUCGUCCUGGACUCGUCGUAGCUCAUCCACGACGCACCGAACCACAAUGGCCACCUUCCUGGGAAGCUCACCGGCGCUCCUCGCCCGUCCCAUCGCCAAGCCGCACGUCUCCUGCACGCAGACCCCGCGCCCGCCAAGCGCCCAGAACCAGCCGCCGUCCAGCGAGCAGCCGCAACCACAGACACAGCAGCAGUCCGUGCAAGCGCCGGUGGCGGCGCCGGCGAGGCCGAAGCGCGCGGGCGGCGCGGACUCCACGGACUGGGUGGCCUCGUCGCUGACGCGGCGGUUCGGGAUCGGCGCGGGGCUGGCGUGGGCCGGCUUCCUGGCCGUCGGCGUCGUGUCCGAGCAGCUCAAGACCCGCUUCGAGGUCGCGCAGCAGCAGGCCAACACCAAGGACGUGGAGCAGGAGCAGGAGGUCGUCCUGCCCAACGGGAUCAGGUACUACGAGAUGCGCGUCGGCGGCGGCGACGUCCCGCGGACGGGCGACCUGGUGGUGAUCGACCUGCAGGGCCGGGUGGCCGGCGGGGAGGCGUUCGUGGACACGUUCGGCGACGGCAAGCGGCCGCUGGCGCUGGUGAUGGGCUCCCGGCCGUACACCAGGGGCAUGUGCGAGGGCGUCGAGUACGUGCUGCGCUCCAUGAGGGCCGGCGGCAAGCGGCGGGUGGUCGUCCCGCCGGGCCUCGCGUUCGGCGACGACGGCGCCGACUUCGGGGAGGAACACGUCCAGAUCCCGCCCGGCGCCACGCUCGAGUACGUCGUGCAGGUCGACAAGGUGUCCAUCGCGCCGGCGUGAGGAGCUACUGAUGUUUCUAUACUGGCACCCGGUAGCGUGACCACAGUUGUUAUAGUUGCCAUGACCCAUGGCCAUGGCCAUGGACAAGUUUCUUCUCGUUUUCUCAAGCAAGAUUUCCCAAAGGAGUGAAGAUUUGUGGAGCUUGCAAACCCAGCUCGUUUUGAGCUUGCACACUGCCACACUGCUACCUCGUGAACUGGACUGUUUUGGGGGAGUUCUGCUUCUCAGAAACAUUUUUCUUAAUUA